CCAGGCUUUGCUUUGCAAUUGUUCACGUCUGUUGACGCGAAUAACCAUAAAUUGACGCGAUUUUUUUUUUUUUUUUUUUCAAAGCGUGGUACUUUACUUUAGCGAAGGCCAGGCCUAGGCUGGACUAGGGUAUAGAAGAUGUCGUUCUUUAAACGACUUAUAAAUCCUAACAUGGUUUUCCCCUUAUCGUUUGUAGGUACAGUCGUCGGCGGUUCACUUAUUGCAAAAGAUUACUUUGGUGGCAGGGAAUGUCGAUGCAAAAAUACUAUAGAAGGGAAAACAGUGAUCAUAACUGGAGCAAACUGUGGGAUUGGGAAGGAGACUGCUUUAGACCUUGCAAAGAGAGGAGGUAGGAUUAUUCUAGCCUGCAGAGAUGAAGCGAAGGCCCAGAAGGCUUGCAGGGAAAUCAUAGCUGAAAGUGACAACCAGAAUGUGUCUGUUAAGUUACUUGAUCUGGCUUCAUUAAAAUCAAUCAGAAAAUUUGCUCAAGAAAUAAAUGAAGAAGAAAAGCAGGUCCAGAUUUUAAUUAACAAUGCUGGUGUUAUGAGAUGUCCCUACAAAAAAACUGAAGAUGGUUAUGAAUAUCAAUUUGCUGUCAAUCACUUGGGUCAUUUCUUACUAACCAAUCUUCUGUUGGAUAAAUUAAAGCAAUCAAAGCCUGGUAGAAUAAUCACUGUUUCGUCCAUUGCACAUGAGCGAGGUGAAAUUGAAUUUGACGAUCUUAACAGCGAAAAGAAUUACGACAAAGCGUAUGCGUAUUCAGACAGUAAGCUGGCUAAUGUCCUGUUUACACAUGAGCUAAGCAGACGAUUACAAGGUACAGGUGUAACAGCAAAUUGUCUUCAUCCUGGUAUUGUCAAGACGCAGAUUGGACGUCACACAGCGAUGCAGAACUCUCAAUUCUCCAUGUCAAUACUUGGGCCUAUCUUCUGGAUGUUUGUGAAGACUCCGGUGCAGGGAGCACAAACAACUAUUGAAUGUGCUGUAAAUGAGAAACUAGAAACGGUUUCUGGGAAAUAUUUCAAAGAUUGUAAGAUAACAGAAUGUGACCCUAAAGGACGUGAUGACGAAGUUGCUAUAAGAUUAUGGAAUGUCAGUGAGCAAAUGGUUGGACUCGUUUCCGAUGUUAAUCUAAAUAACAAAGAAACAACAUCAUCAUGACAGUUAUAGUCUUUAAUUUGAAAUAUAAUUUGAGAUUCUCUUAAUGAGCUGCCUUAAGACAUCAUCUGAUGACUUAAUCUUGAGCUUUCUUGUAGUGAAUUCUUACAUACCGCUCCGCAGAAAUACUUUAUAUCAAUUCAAAAUUAUUAUUUGGUUGAUAAAUUUGACAUCAUAUACAUCCUUUAUACACCUACUGUACUUUAUUUAAUAAAAAGUAGAAAACAAGACAAAAAUCGGUGGUUACUUUUAGUCAUUGUGUUGAGGUGGCCUUCAAAACUAGACAAUCAGGAAUCCAUACUAGAUCAAUUGAUUGGGUGUAGGUUUUUAGUUUAUGUUUCCUUACUAGUUCAUGUUUCCUUACUAAAUCAAGUGAUCGGGUCUAGGCUUUUAGUUUUAUUACUGUAUUAAGUAUGAUGAUACAGGUGUAUUAAAUAAUUUAAAUAUACCUAA